AUGAUCACCUUCUUUCCUCCUAGCGACGCCUACGAGCCCUUCUCCCGAGAGCACGCAGAGCGACUUCCUGACCAACAACGCCGCCACCAGCAGCAGCAGAUUCAAGACUUCGGCCUUCCUCUCGACUGUCUUCGUAUUUGCGCCGCCCUUGAUCAUCCUAGGUCUCUCCAUUUUCCCAUCGCCCUCAACACCUCAAGCGACAAUAGCAAUUCCGCCAGCGACGCCAAUCUUCUCUCUCUCCAAGCCAUGCACCCGGACUCCUGGGGGUCAGUGUCCCAUUUGACGCCAAAGCAGGCUCGUCUUUCACAUCAGCGCCAGUCAUCCCUAUCUUCUUCCCUCGGCUCCGCGGGCCCCGCCUCCCCUUUCGCGGGUCAAAUGUCCAACCCCCAAAUCGCCGUCACUGACCCUGCUGUGGAUGGCUUUGCCGAUAUGCAUCCGCACGAUGUCUCUGGGCCCCAAGCAAGCGCCUUCUACCAAUUCCCGAAGCCCAUCAACUCCUACUUAGGAUGCAACAACCUCGAAGCUCCCAUACCCGACAAGAUGGCCUACCCCGUCACCAUACCAGGCCCUACCCAGAGGCCGCGAGCCGACCGCUCCCUGCUGCCCGCGCCAGACUUUGCCAGCUCUUGCAACCGGUCACGCCCGGCCUCAGUCGCGAGCUCCGCUGCGGGCGACUCGCCAGCCACACCGAAUGCAGGCGAGUCGGACCAGGUUGACAGGCGGAGAACCGAAUAUUGUAACGUGCCGAAGCUGGAUCGAACUAUGACGGAUGUCUAUGGCGACGAGCUAUACAGUCCCAACUUCGCCAUCACCUCAACCUCGCCAUCACAGUCGCAGACACUCACCUCGCCUACCAACGACAUUUUUAGCCAACGCAUAAACGCCGCCAACAGCCAGCACUUGAACGCCGCGCAUUCUCCCUCCUCAACGGCAUCGAGGACAAGAUCUCCAUUUCGAACCGGGUCACCCUUCGUCUCUUCCACGGCCUCCCACGCUACCCUUGCGGUUUACAAUAACACGAUGCGGAGAGCGAGGGAGGGAGCCAAAGCGCAGCAGGCAGCAUCAUCGACACACCAGCAGGGUGACGGCAGCCUGCGAACCGAUGCCGAAGUGGAGACACCCAAGACUAUAUCGCCCAAAGAUGCCAUGCUCGAAUUCGGCGAGGCAGAUGGGAAUGCCAACUUCCCACUGUUUCCGCAAGACGCGUCGACGUUUGUAAUGGAGCCAACGCCCAAGGGCGCUUCAGCGGAUGGUCCCGAGUCGGACGAUCCGUACAUGGAGUCAAGCGACUAUCACGGCACGGGGGCGCCCGCCACUGCUACUGCAGGCUUUCAGCCCACUCAAAUGUCCCCAAACAUCCCUGCGCCUCAACAGUACCCCUUUGAUUCCGAAGCCCGAGUUGUUCAGCACACACCACCACGGCUCAGCCCCUCGGGAUCGAGUUCUAUCGCUUCCAGCAGCACCACCCCCACCAGCGUCCAGAGGCCCCCGGGAACUGGAGCGGAUGGCGGGACGUAUACCUGCACAUAUCACGGCUGCACGUUGCGGUUCGAGACGCCAUUACUACUGCAAAAACACAAACGGGAAGGGCAUCGACAGACACAGGGACUCGGUGGCCCGCGCGAGGCUAGCAUCAGCUCUGGCAUGCUGAACACUCAAUCUGGGCCACAUCGUUGUGAUCGCAUCAACCCAAGCACCGGCAAGUCUUGUGACACGGUCUUCUCGCGGCCCUACGACCUAACUCGGCACGAGGACACCAUCCACAACGCACGCAAGCAAAAAGUCCGCUGUGACAUGUGCACCGAGGAAAAGACGUUUAGCCGCGCGGACGCGCUUACAAGGCAUUAUCGCGUGUGUCAUCCGGAGGUGGAGCUACCAGGAAAACACAAGCGACAAGGAAGCACUUGA